AUGACGAAGACACUCUCGCUUGGCGGACAGCAGGUCCCCGUUCCCGGCUUUGGCGCCAUGGGCCUUAAUUCUGCGAUGGGGUCAGACCUCAAUCUUGAACAGUCUGAGCCUGUUCUUUUGAAAGCUAUCGAGCUUGGCUGCACAUUUUGGGAUACUGCAGUUGCCUACAAAAACGGUGAAAAUGAGAAGCUUCUUGGAGACUUCAUUAAGAAGCACAACGUUCGCGACAAGGUUUUCGUGGCCUCCAAGUGUGGAUUUGACGUCUUUGGGCCUGAACGCAAGGUAACCAACUCAGCCGCCCAUAUCAAAGAAUACAUCGAGGGAACAAUCGACAGACUUGGUUUCACUCCCGAUCUCUACUACCUCCACAGAAUCGACCCCAAGGAGUCUAUCGGUGCUCUGGAUGAGCUCCGACGCGCCGGAAAAACAAAGUACAUUGGCCUAUCCGAAUGUUCGGCCGAGACUCUGCGCAAGGCAAACGCGAUCGCCAAGAUCGAUGCUGUUCAAGCCGAGUACUCUGCUUUUGAGACAUUGCACGAGACUAGUGGCCUUAUUGCUACGGCAAAGGAAUUGGAUGUAGCCUUUGUGGCAUUCAGCCCUCUGGGACAUGGCUGGCUUGUGGAUGACUUCCCGUUCAAGACUCCUGAUGACUUCGCCCCCAAUGACUUCCGACGCACUGUUCCCAAGUUCCAAGGCGAAAACUUCUACAAGAACAAGGCUAUUGUUGACGAAAUCAAGAAGCUAGCCGCCAAAAAGGGUUGCUCGAUCGCACAGAUCGCCCUGGCCUGGGUUGCUGCGCAAGGCUUGAUUACUAUUCCAGGAACGACCAAAGCCUCGCGCUUGGAAGAAAACUGGAAAUCUCGUGAUGUCGAACUUACAGAAGAAGAGUUGAAAGAGAUGCGAGCGAUCGUGGAAGCUGCCAAGCCGGUUGGAGAGCGAUUCUCUGCCAUCUUCCAAUCGAUGGUUGGCCACUAA